GGUUAGUUUGCUAAAUUAGUCUGGCCCAAGAUACGUUUUGUGUUGUAUAUAAUUUGAUUAGCAGUCGCGCGCACCUGUAGUUCUUUCUGUGAAGGUGUCCUUCACACCGCGCAAACUAUUGAAUGAAUAAACAAAUGAAGUUUUCAUGUUAUAAUAAGGAAGUGAUUAUGAUUAUACAAUGUUGAUACGGAAAUAUAUUUAUUAAUAAACAAUGUUCGGAUGUGUGAUAAUAUUAAGUGUACUUAUAAGUGUUUAAGUUGUUUUGAAGAAUGAUGCCUUUGAUGGUUCUGGGUACCCUGCUGGAGACGGAUCACUACGAGAGCCUGGUGAAGGAGCUGACAUGCACCAAAUGCAACAAAUACAUGAAACCGCCUAUCCAUUUGUGUGUAGACGGUCAUAGCAUAUGUGGACCUUGCUUUGAAAAGAGCUUCCAGUGCCAUGUAUGCAAGAAAGAGUUCUCUCUCAUCCGGCCGAUGGUGCUGGAAUCUCUGGCCAACAAGGUGCUUUUCCCCUGCGUGAACAGCGGCUGCCCGAAGCACGCCACGCUGCCGCUGCUCGAAAAGCACACAGCGCAUUGCCAGUAUCGCAUCAUCAACUGUUUCAUGGCCAGAGUUUAUGGAGAAUGCAAAUGGGAGGGCAGAGCUGGUGAGUGGAUGGACCACUGUUUUGCCGAGCAUAAGACUCGGGUCACCGAAGUCCCGUUCAUCACUGUGAAGGACAAGUGGGACCCAAAGAGGACGGAGCCCGUCCUCAACUAUUUCUUACUUAAGUGCUACGAGAAGGUGUUCAACGUUUACCAAAUUUAUGAUAAGAGGGGAGGAAGAAUGAUGUGGACAGUUUUGGUGAAUGAUGAGCACGCUGAGAAAUUCUACUUUGAAGUUGAUAUAUUUUUACCAAGUCUGCCAAGUAAAAGAAUAAUGUAUAGACGUCCGUGUAAGUGCGAGAAGGACGCAGACUUCCUGGAGCACACCCAGAACGUGUACAUUCCUGUAGAAAACGUGUUCUCCAUGCUGGAUGAAUCAGAGUCCAUGAACUUUACUGUUCGGAUUGGCGAGGUGGAAAACUUGGCGCUACUGGAAUCGCCUUCAGUGAGCGAGAGUCGCAUCCUUCUACACGACGACGAAGAGAUCCUUCAUAUCGACAGUUAAAUUACAUACCAUACCAUAACAUGUGUAUGAAUGAUUAUUUUAAAUGAUACAAACAGUUGUAACUUUAUUUAAUAAAGUUUCGUGAAGUCAAAUCAUUA